GUGGUGGCAGCUUCUUGAUUCAGCAGCUUCCUGACUACAGCUAGAGCCAGAGCAAGGGUGGGCAGAGUCUGCAUGUGGCUUCAGGGCAGGGGUCAGAGAUGAAACACUCACCCCACAGCCAGGCUGGCCUGCGGACAAGAUCGGGCCAACUGUGAGUUUGUGGACAUUUAACUGAAACCCAUUUGACUGAACCCAAAUGAGAAGAAACCUUCAAGAACCAACUGCUAUUCAUAGAAUCUGCAGUCAUCUGUAUGUGUAAUAUGGAAUGUUCUCAACCUAGAGAUAGCUGAAUGGGUGACUCCAUUGACAAGGAGUGAUUACCUGUUAGAGGCCUUGAGUCAAGACAAGAAUUUUUGUACCUUCCUGGUGGUUCAGAAACAAGUUUCUGUAGAGCCAGAAGCAAAGAAAGAAAGACAGUUUGACUUUCUUCAUUGAAUUAUCUGUAUAAGAUACUUGACUUCCAGGAGCAAAAACACAGAGAAGUAAUAAAAUUAUUUUUUUGGCAUCUUUGGACAUUCAGCAUCUCAAGGAGCGUGCUUUGUGAAGCUUCCUGAGCUAAGAUUCAAGAACUUCAUUGGUGCUCAUUUAUACUGUGGACUAUAAGCAUGAGUGAAUUCUGGUUAUGUUUCAACUGCUGUAUUGCAGAACAGCCUCAGCCUAAAAGGCGCCGGCGGAUUGACCGAAGUAUGAUUGGAGAGCCAACAAAUUUUGUGCACACAGCUCAUGUAGGAUCAGGAGACCUGUUCAGUGGAAUGAAUUCCGUUAGCUCCAUCCAGAACCAGAUGCAGUCCAAGGGGGGCUAUGGGGGUGGCAUGGCCGCCAGUGCACAGAUGCAGCUUGUGGACACGAAGGCUGGAUAGCCCCGCGUCCCUUCUCCAGUCAUUGUGAAUUUCUGUGUUUUCUCUUUUCACUCUUCUUUAAUUUUGUUGUUGUUGUGAUUCCUUUUCAAAUACAAAAAGAAGUGUGAUGGCAUCUUGUUCACCCUGUUGUGAUUUCUCCAGUGAGAUGUUCUUGUUCUGCUCUGAAGAAGCUGUUGUCAGAUGAACCCUGCAUUUCCUUCAGCUGGCAUGCAUGCCUUUGGACUCACAGACUUUGGAUUGUGGCUUAAUUUUUACCAAUAUGGAUCUGAUCUUAGCAUGAUCUUUUUUGUGAAUGCUAGCACUGUUUUGCUUUUUUUUUUUUUUUUUUUUUUUUUUUGCCAUUUGAAACAUUUCUCUUCCAUCUCCAACCCUCUCUGCCUUAUGAGUUUGUUGGUAAGGUAGGACCUGCUAUUAUUUGUUAAUUUGUCACCAUUUAUGUAUAUUUUGGAAGGUAUGACAUCCACAAGCACAAUGAUCAUUUUUAUUCAUUUGAAACUUGAGCAGAAUAGAUAUCUGCAUGCUUUAUGAAGUUGCUUCAUAUGGGAGCCCAUGGGAUGCCAGAAAGGAGUAUUUCUUUGCUGCUGUGGGCUGAGGGUAACUGCUGCUAUUAGAGAAAGGUUAGCUGUGGCACCAAGUCUCGUCAGUUUCACACAAAGAGGCCUAACUGUAGCUUCUUUUAAAGUUAAAAUCUGGCAUUCAUAAGGCAUUCAUUUGGUUGUAAAUGUUCAAUAUAUUUAUUUUGAGAGCAAGGACCUGGGAUUGUAAACAGGUAGGGUUGUGUAUCAGCGUGUUGGGGUGAUGCCCUCAUCCAGUCUCAUUGUGUACUCAUUCUGUUUUUACUUGUUUUUAUUUUAGUUUUAUGGGAUCCAGUUGUUUCCACUAACAGUUUGUUCAAGUCCUGGCCGGUACUCCUAACUUCACACUCUAGAGUCCUUGGCCUUUCCAUAUUCAGACUUCUUUCAGGGUAGUGGAAGUUACCAAGAGCAAUUUAGUGACUUGACUGAAUCGUUGCUCGUGAAAACAGUCUGGCUGGUGAUUCUUUAGGACAUUGGUGAGAAACCUUUGCUCAGGCUCCAAAAUGUUUGUUCUUCACAAAUUAUGUAUAUUUCAGAUAAUUCUGUAAGUACUUUUCCUUCCCUAUGAGGGUGUAGUGUUAAGACAGUUAGUGGUUUUGUAGUCUUAUUAAAAUGUUUAAAUCCAAUGUCUAAUUCAGUUCUGACUACACUUUGUAGGGUUAGCAUUUUAUGCAGCAGGUGGGGCUUAAUUGAAAAUGUAGAGAGCCAAGAAAUUAGGUAACUGGAUAAACAAUGGGUUUAUAUAGGCAAAACAGGCAAGCAUUUCUCCACCAGUGCUUUUGAAUUUAAGUUACCCAGUGCAGUGGGGGUGCUAGGUAACUCGGUGCUUGUGUUUCUGCACUUUUGAGUCUUUUUAGGUGUCAACCCCACACGGAGAGAGAAUCUGUGAAGAAAAACAUCUAUGCUUAGUAGUAAAAAUAGGCAGUUAGUUUAAUUUACUCUGUGGAUACUGCAUUCUGGAAUUUGCUGACCUUGGCCUUGUCAGUACUGAUGCUCUUUAGUCUAUUUUGACUUUUAAAAUUCGUAUAACUUUUAUACUUGUCUUAUAACUCCUGGAAUCACAGUACAGGGAGCCAGGCUCCUUUUUGCUGAAUUCAUGAUUUGAUGUUACUCUUUUUCUAAUUAACAUCUUCUGUGUGGACCAAAUACUCCAGGAGCAUUACUGUGCUCCUCGGCGUGUAACUGACCUGCAGUAGCCACACUGUGUGCAAGAACAUAUGCCAAGGAAGGUGCCAAUAAAUUCAAGGAGACAAGUACAGUUUUAACAUACUAACCUUGGACACAGAUUUUCUAGGGAGGGUUAAAGAUAAGAGUGUGAAGGGUGCAGCUUCCCCACAUCCUAAGUGGAAUUGUAAAUUUUGGGCAACAUGUCUCAUUUUAAAAUUGAGUCUAAAUAAACAGGAUUGACUGUUAGUGGUUUGCUGAAACAAGGGUUAACUGAUGCCAUGGAUUCUAAGAGUGAUCUGCGUUCUAUACAAGAGCUGCUUUCCCCUGGUGGAGGCAUGAAGUGGUGCCAGUAAGCACAGACCGGGAACGUUAACUGUGGUGAUGGGGUUUGGCAUUUCCAGUGCAGCAUUAUCGCCUUUCAAGUGGGCCUUUGGAGAUACUUUAUAUAUUAGCUUUUACUUUUGUUAUUAAAUUAUAGCAGUUUCAUUAUAGAGAGCAAGUUUGCCUUGAUUUUGUUUAAAAUGACUUCUGCUCAGCUCCCAGAAGAUAAAAUUGACAUAUUUUUAUAAUAUAAGCAUACUUUUUUUGUACAUUGUGUUCAUUCAGUGUUGGCUUGUAGAUAUUAAAAAGAAAGUAUUGAUUUUGAUUCAAUAAAUGUUUUCUUUCCA